UGUCCGGACUUCAGCGCUUCAUCAACGACAUUGACCCAAAUAUGGCGGGCCAGGGCCAGCAGGCCAAGGCGCCAAUCGUCAUUGACGUUAGCAUGAGCGACGAUGAGAUGGAUGAUGUCAAUAUAACAGCGCUGCGAGCACCCUCUCGGAGCGUCACCCAGCGCGCUGCCGAGCCAGUAGAGAUCAGCGACAGCGACAGCGAAGACCUUGCAAGCAAAGCCGACGGCAGGGCAUCGCUUCGGGCGGAGGGCGAAGGCCGCGCCAGAAUGCGGCCGUCGCGCACACUUCACAACCAGACGCCACUGAUGCGACGCCGUCGACGUCGUCAAUCUCGGCAUGUCCCUCAAGUCAAUGAAGAACUGAUGAAUCGGGUCUUGGAACAGCAGCUUUCCUCGUCACCCUCUUCUUCUUCUUCUUCUCCUUCUUCUUCUUCGCGAUCCACCGCCUCACCUACCCAGAUGAUGAAAGAGGACCAAGAGGAAGAAGGAGACGCAUCACCCGCCCCAAUCAACAUGGCAAAGUCUUCCUUUGCUUCGUACGAGGUCAAGGCGCUGUCCAAGUCACGCAUAGAGGCCACUCGGCUCCCUGACCUCGUCCAGUACGACCAGAGGCGCAACAUCAAGUACGAUGGCCAGGCGAAGCUCUUCAUUGCUUAUAUUCGCGACAGCGAGCUCUCUACCGCCUCGUUGUCCAUCACAAAUAUGGACCGGAUCAACCGCGACAACAUCGACGCCUACCAGCCUUGCCCGCCCAUGGACUUCACCUUUACAGACGACUACAUCCUCACCGACAGUGUCGGCCAGAGCGAUGACGGCUCUCCGGGGUGUGACUGCGACGACGAUGAAUGCGACCCGGCCACGUGCAGCUGCUACCGCCUACACGAAGCAAAUUGUACCAUACCGUGGACGAAAGAGUACGAGACAAAGAUGGACCCAGUGACGGGCGAGGAAACGGAGGUCCUCGUCGAAAGCAAGGUCAAGGGCGAUUUUGCUUAUGCAGAAGAUGGCAGACUGAGACCAGAAAUCGCCGUCUAUCCGGCGACGCCCAUCUGGGAAUGCAACUCGCGGUGCGGCUGCUCGGGCGACUGUCGCAACCGCGUUGUGGGCAAGGGUCGCAAGGUGCCCCUGGACCUCUUUAAGACUCAAAGCGGCAAAGGUUGGGGAGUCCGCACCCGUAAAGCCUUGCCACGGGGCACGUUCAUUACCGUCUAUGCCGGCGAGCUCAUCGACGAGGACGAGUCAGAGAGGCGAGGCAGAAAAUACGAGAAGGUCAAUACGUCGUACGUCUUUGACAUUGACUUUGCCCACAUUCGUGAAAAGUACGAUAUUGAGCCCUACCGACGGCAUCUCGAAUCGCUUGGCCUGCCUGUUCCAGAGGACUUUGACGAGCUGCUCGAGGAUGCCACCAACUGGAACAAGAAGCCCGACGCCGUCUACUCGGUCGAUGCAGGUCUGUGGGGCAACCUGUCGCGCUUCUUCAACCACUGCUGCGAUCCCAACAUGACCGUCUUCUCGGUCUAUACCCAGGAGCGGGACCUGAGAAGGCCAUUUAUGGCCUUUUUCACUAAUCGAUACGUAGAAGCGCACGAGGAGCUCACCUUUGACUACAACUCGGGCAGCAAGGCAAGCACCACAGCUGUCCUGGACGAUUCCAAGACGGCAGCAAGGUUAGAAAAGAAGCUCGACAACGCCUCUGUCGGCCAGGAGAUCAAGGUCGAGCAGGGUCUCAUGGCCAUGAAGUGCAAUUGCGGCGCGACAAAUUGCCGGGGAAGCGUCUUCCGGUGAAGAAAGCAUCAC